GGAGACGGAUCUCAUGGGUUUUCUUAUAAAAUCGUUUCGCAGUAGGACCCAGAGGAUCCAUCAUCUCAAAAGUUGGACACAAGUACACCUUUAUAUGAGUCCACCAAAUCAGGUUAUUUUUUUUUUAAAAAAGGGGGGCUCCACAAAGUGAUUCUUCUCAACUACGGAAAAAACCCUUCCGCUUUGAGUCUGUCAAUUGGCUCAAAGCAGCUGACAGGAAAGCACAAUGGUUCCUGCUGUCAAACUUGUAACAGCUAUAUAUAUAUAAGCAUGCCCCUGGACAGGUAAUGCAUCCUAACGGCUCUAGAGCAACGCUGCCGUGAAUGUGGCAAUUUGCAGUAAAAGACUGAGAGGACAGACUGAGAGAGGAUCAGGAUGAGCGCGUCUGUGGCAGUGUACAGGAACAUUUACACAGAGGACCGUUUCAAACAGACUUACGGUACCGAGGCCAAACCGCGCGAGCGCCUCCGGGAGAGGCUGUGCACGCGCUCCCGCUGCUCUCCACUCCACUGCCUCCACCUGCUCAAGCAGCGCAUGCCGAUUUUCAGCUGGUUACCAAAAUACAGACUCAGGAAAUGGAUUUUAGGAGACACAGUAGCAGGGCUGACAGUCGGGAUUCUACACAUUCCCCAAGGAAUGGCUUUUGCAUUACUGACAUCAGUGGCUCCAAUCUAUGGCCUGUACACAUCGUUCUUCCCUGUAGUUCUCUACAUGCUGUUCGGGACGGGGCGUCAUGUCUCCACAGGUACUUUUGCAGUGGUGAGUCUGAUGACUGGCACGGUGGUGGAACAGCUGGUGCCGAUUCCUCCUGAUCUUAACUGCAGUAGCCCAGAGGUUGCAGAGCUCGAAGAUCAGAGAAUUGGUGUGGCUUCAGCCAUAGCAUUCCUGUCAGGAGUGAUGAUGCUUUGUAUGUUCGGUCUGCAGUUGGGUUUCCUCUCCACAUACCUAUCCGAGCCCAUUGUUAAGGCUUUCACCAGUGCUGCCGCAUUUCAUGUGACCGUCUCUCAGCUGCAGAGCAUGCUGGGAUUGAGGCUUCCUCGCCACACAGGGACUUUUUCCCUCUUUAAGACUCUGGCCUCGGUGAUGGAGAACGUGCCCCAUACUAACCUUGCCGAGCUGCUGAUCUCUCUGCUCUGCCUAGCUGUGCUCGUUCCCAUCAAGGAAGUCAACACACGGUUUCGCCAGCGUCUCUGCACUCCUAUUCCUGUGGAAAUUCUCACUGUGAUAAUUGCUACAGGAGUCGCUUAUGCCUUUUCUCUCGAUUCCAAGUAUGAUGUCCAAAUAGUGGGUCACAUUCCAGCUGGGUUUCCUCGGCCUCGGCUGCCUGCAUUGCACACUGUACCAGAUAUAGCUGGUGACACAGUUGCUAUCACAUUUGUAGGCUAUGCUGUGUCUGUAUCAUUAGCGAUGAUAUACGCUGAUAAACAUGGCUAUUCUAUUCACCCGAAUCAGGAGCUGUUAGCACAUGGCAUUUCCAAUACAGUGUCUUCCCUGUUUACCUGCUUUCCCAGUUCAGCUACACUGGCGACCACAAACAUUUUGGAAAGUGCAGGUGGUUACACACAGCUCUCAGGUUUGUUCACAAGUCUGGUGGUCCUGAUUGUGCUGCUUCUCAUUGGCCCUCUUUUCUACUUCUUACCUAAGGCUGUCCUGGCAUGUAUAAACGUGACCAGCUUGCGACAAAUGCUCUUGCAGUUUCAGGACCUGCCAGAUCUGUGGAGGAUUAGCAAGAUCGAUUUUGUGGUGUGGCUGGUGACGUGGCUUUCGGUGGUCAUCCUGAAUGUGGAUAUGGGUCUGGCCAUCGGAGUGGUUUUCUCAAUGAUGACUGUCAUUUGUCGCACACAGAGAGCUAACUGCACAGUGCUGGGAAGGGCCUCCAAUACAGAGAUCUACCGGCCCAUCAACAAUCACAAUAAGUGCUAUGAAGUGCCUGGACUGAAGAUUCUGACCUAUAAUGGACCCAUCUACUACGGCAACCGCAGCUUCUUUAAGGCAGAUGUGAGCCAGCUGCUCGGUCUCACACCUGAGCGUAUCCACAGUCGUGAGAAGGCCAGGAAGGCACUGGAAAAGAGGGAAAAAGAGUCCAUUAACACCGUGGACCGGGGACUAGCAAACACCUCAUUUUCCUCUGAGAAUGAGUUCUUCAAAUCAGAAAUAGCAGAGAAUGAAGUCCAGACCGUACUAAUCGAUUGCAGCAGUGUUAUUUUUGUGGAUGUUGCAGGAGCCAAGCUCUUCAUACAGAUGUGUAUAGAUUGUCAGAAGAUGGGAGUGCAGAUAUUCUUGGCCAACUGUAAUGAGAGCAUAUUGGAGAUUCUCACAGCGAGCGGACUGAUGAGCUACAUGAACCCGCAGCACAUCUUCGUCACAGUCCACGAUGCCGUGGUCUACAUCCAGCAGCAAAGGGAGAAGCCUGGGUCAGAAAACACAAUGAUUUGGGUGUGAAUAUCCAAGAGCACCAUAAUAAAAUAAAGUAAAAUGAAAUAAAAUAACACAGAUACUUUACUUCAGCCAGAUCACUGGGCAUAGAGACUUUCACAGCUGCUACCAAAAAUGUUCUGCAGUGGAUCUCUUUACCUUCCCAGAUUUGUUGGAGAGUCACAUGUGUGUUUAUUCAGAGUAGGCCAUGUGUCACUUUGAUCACCGUUGUAGCUAAUGAAGCUUGCACUAUCGCUGUGAGUCUUUUGAAGCACACAUAAUUACUGUAUAUACUGUUUUAAAGGAUUAUGUGCACAAAAAUAUGCUCUCUCUCUCUCUCUCUCUCUCUCUCUCUCUCGAUCACCCUGUGCCUUUGUCUUCCUCCCACAACAUCCAUAUUUAAGAGUUUAUGGGAACAGUGAGAUCAGUAACUAUUCCGCCUUUAAUUAUGUUAUUUUAGUACAUUUGUAUGCUGCGAAACUCGUGACCAUUCCCUAGAAAUAUUUAUUUAUUUCCAUUUUCUAGUAUGAUUUUUAAUUGAUUGUAAAUGUUAUAAUCUCUCCUAAAGAAAGAUGCACUGAAUGAAUGGGCAAAAUCUAUUUUAAUAAAUUUUUAAAAAAUGCUCUUCACUAUGAA